UCAUUUCAAAGGAUCCAAGACUAAGUUAUCAAGGACCAUGAGUUACACCAAUCCUCUUCCUAAUGUGAAGGGAAUGACUUCCCUUAAAGUGGACAACCUGGCAAACCGCACUUCAUACAGCACCCUGAAGCGAGUAUUUGAGGCUUAUGGGCCUGUUGGUGAUGUAUACAUCCCCCAAAAUCACUUAACCAAAGAACGUUACGGCUUUGCCUUCAUCCAUUUCCUCAACAAACGUGAUGCGAAGAAUGCCACAGAUGCCUUAAAUGGAAUUUUACUGGAUGGUUGCAAACUACGGGUCCAGAUGAUGCACAACAAUGACCCACGGUAUACUCAACCUGACUAUGCCCAGAGAGGGCAACACCAAUACGAGGAAGACAACCAUGAAUCCCAGAGUCACAGUGAAAAAGACUGUUGUCCCACAGACAUGAUCCAAUCGACAUCUCACAGCACAUAUUCUUCAGACCACUUACAAUCUGGAACACAAUCUCAUUACUUGCACAGAAGACUAUCAUCAACCAGACGAUCCAAGUCCAAGUCCUCAAUGUCCAAUCAGCAGCUGCCAGACAAGUCCCGUCCAAGGUCAAGAAACCUUACCCAUGCAAAAGGGAAAAAAUCUAAAUCUAGAUCUUCAUGCAGGAACCCCUCCAAGUGUCCUGAAGGAGGAGGUAGACUUCUUGGAGAAGAAAAUAUGGAGAACAACCAGAAGCAAGUGAAAAAUGUUGGAUCUAACUCUCUGUUUAAAAGGCCCCAUAUAUCAGAAGGAAAUACAACUGAAACAUCGAUGGAAGUUGUACCUACCAGAAGUCAGAUAAGAAGAAGACAAGAAAAUCCAGAUAAUUGCAGAGAAAGACCAUGGAUGGAAAGAGAGCUUAUGGAAUAUAACAAGAGACAAAGGGAAUAUCCACAAUCUCAAUCAACACUGACCACUGAAUCUAAAGAAGAUGAACCUGAAAUAGUGAUGGUAUAUAAUAGAUUUCAGAAAAGAGCAAGGACGAACCUACAACUUCCAAAAGCCAAUGAUUGGAAUAGAUGUGGAGCAAAUACUUCAAAUGUUGUGCCUGGUGGUGAGUCUGAAAGAGGCCAACAUACCUCCUUCCGACAAUCUGAAGGACAGACACAAAGGGAGACAGUGAGGUGUGGGUUUUCAAAAACAAAAUAUCAGAGUAAUACAAAGAAUUAUAUCAGUGAAGAGAUGAGAUUUACUUUUAAUAAUGAGAAUUUAAAUCCAGAAAAUGACUAUGCAUUACUUUCAAGACUUAGAAGUCAUGGCAGUAAUAGAAACAGCCAGACGCAAAUAAACCAUCUUCAACCUAAGUCAACCUAUACUCCAGAAGAAGGUACAACUGAAAUUUUAGUGGAUAACACAAUGAGUAGAGAUAGAGAAUGUACCAGAAGUGAGAGUCCAGAUGUUGUGAUAGUUGGAGAAGUGAAUGAAAGUCGGAUCCCU